AUGGCUGGUAGUACAAAGACAGAUCAUGUCGAUGUCCUGAUUGUCGGAGCCGGACCCGCAGGUCUCAUGAUGGCCACCUGGCUCGCCAAGUGCGGCAUCAAAACUCGCAUUGUCGAUAAGAGAGGAACAAAGAUCUUCAAUGGCCAAGCAGACGGUCUUCAAUGUCGAACACUUGAGAUCUUUGACUCAUUCGGCUUCGCUAACCGAGCGUGGAUUGAGUCAAAUCACAUGCUUGAAAUCUCCCUCUGGAACCCCGAUGAGAAUGGCACUCUUCGUCGAAGCGCCAGAAUUCCCGACACGGUUCCUGGCAUCAGUCGUUUUCAACAAGUUGUUCUUCAUCAAGGCCGCAUUGAGAGAUUCUUCCUCGAUGCUAUCAAAGAUUUUAGCAAAGGCGAGAUUGAGGUUGAGCGAGGAGUACUACCGACAAGUCUUGAAAUUGAUACUUCGGUGGUUGAAGACCCAGGUGCCUAUCCCAUCACUGUGAACCUUCGACAUCUGAGCGAAGAAGAAGCUCAACCAAAACAGGCAUCCACAUCCGACAAUGGAACGACUAUUCAAGAUGGGUUAUUCCGAAGUAAUCUCUCACCCGAUGAUACAGCCGACAUGCUAAAGGCAGCCGAACUCGACAGCAAGGCCAACGCUGUCGAAACAAUCAAGGCAAAGUACAUGCUUGGUGCAGACGGCGCUCACUCAUGGGUUCGAAAAGAACUAGGCUUCAAGCUUGAAGGUGAAUCUACGGAUUACAUCUGGGGUGUCCUAGAUAUUGUGCCCGUCACUAAUUUCCCUGACAUUCGACAGCGUUGUGCUAUUCACUCAGCCAGUUCGGGGAGUGUCAUGGUGAUUCCUCGAGAAAACAAGCUGGUCAGAUUGUAUAUUCAGCUUACAACGACGGAAAAGAUUAAUGGGCAGGAUUCAAGAGCGGAUCGGUCUUGGAUCACACCUCAAGUUAUUCUUGAGUCGGCGCAGAAGAUUCUGGCUCCGUAUACGUUGACGUAUCGAAAGUUGGAUUGGUGGACUGCUUAUCAGAUCGGUCAACGCGUUGGAUCCAACUUUUCGUCUCACAAUAGGGUUUUCCUGGCUGGCGAUGCUGUACACACUCAUAGUCCGAAAGCUGGCCAAGGAAUGAAUGUCAGCAUGCAAGAUUCUUUCAAUCUCGGAUGGAAGAUCGCCAACGUCGUCAAGGGUCUUGCAAGCAGAUCCAUUCUCGACACUUAUGAAGUCGAAAGAAAAGGAAUUGCGAACGCCCUUAUUGACUUUGACCACAAGUUCUCGCGUCUCUUCUCAGGUCGUCCUGCAAAGGAUAUCAUGGAUGAAGAGGGCAUCAGUAUGGAUGAGUUCAAAGAGGCCUUUGAGAAGGGUAACCUGUUUGCUAGUGGAAUUGCUGUGGACUAUGAAAAGAGCAUGAUUGUCGCAAAGCCGGAUUCUACGUCUGCUGACGACAACAUUUUAAAGAGGCAAGCCUUGGCACCAGAGAUCAAACUUGGCAUGCGAGUUCCUAGUGUCAAGGUUCUUAACCAGUCUGAUGCUCGACCCUGGCAUCUUCAAGAACUCCUUCCAAGUAACGGUACAUGGAGACUUCUCAUCUUCCCCGGAAACAUCGAUCUCGAGCGCCAGAACAAAAGAAUGAAGACCCUAUGCGAUAAACUCUCAGCUCAAUCAUCAUUCCUAAAGCGCUUCACACCGCCAUCCGCUCGAUAUGACUCAGUCAUUGAAGUGCUCACCAUCCAUGCCUCAGAACGUCAAUGUCAUGAUCUUUUUGACUUUCCCGAGGUUCUCCGUCCUUAUGACGAGAUUGAUGGAUGGGAUUAUAAUAAGAUAUUUGCUGAUGACAAGUCUUACCACGAAGGGCAUGGAAAAUUGUAUCAGAACUUUGGAAUCAAGCCUGAUGAAGGGUGUGUUGUGGUGUUGCGACCGGAUCAGUAUGUGGCAUUGGUUGGAUACCUUGAUGACUAUGAGGCACUUGAUAGUUUCUUUUCUGGUUUCAUGAUACCUCAGAAGAGAUAG